UAUUCGGGGUAAAUAAAAUUAGACAUCACUGUACCAAACAACUGAUUCAACUAAGUUAUAUCAUGGGACAUAGUGAAAGUAAGAACGAUACCUACGCGUAUCAUCCAGCGAAAACAGAAGAUAACGUAUACUUGAGGUCAGAGUUCCGUGCCAUGGAUACAGACGCAGACGGCACGCUAAACCGGAAAGAGAUCACUAGACUCCUUAUGUUUCUGGGUUACGAUGGCGAUUAUGACAGAGUAGAGGUUUUAUUUAGGGCUAUCAACAAUAACAGAUCUGAGCACGUGACAAUGGACGAAUACAUAGCCGUACUUGAACAUAACCCAGAUUUGAUGAAGAGAACGAGCAGAAUGAGAGUGAUAUUUGGGACUUUUGACGACAAUAAGAAUGGAUUUGCUGACAAGUCAGUAAUCGGGAUGAGACUCAAACAGAUGGGAUACGAAGUCAAUGAGGCAAUGAAAAAGAAAUUCGAUGAUUUAGAUGAAAACAAAGACGGACAAAUUAGUUACGUUAAGUUUUUGCGUAACCAUUUAGAAAUCAAAGGAUUUUUGUCGUGAAUCGAAUAAAAUGGGAGGACUGAGAAGAUAAAUACCAGUAUAAUUAGAUGACCUGCUGUUUGGGGUUAUGUUGCAUCUUGGAAACAAAAUCGAGACUCGAGACAAUUUCUCUAUUAGAUCUUAUUGUCUUUCAACUUUUACACACAUAGAAUAUCUCUUGACACUUUUCUUGCAAGAUGAGAUUUUUAAUGUCGGGUGACACGUGUGUUGAUGAAAAUAAUAACACUUCCGGUGUAUCUGGUAUUGCCUGCCAGAGUGUCUUGUAGGAGUCAAGGAUGCAUUGUCCCUUGCUUUUCUGUCUCCUCUCCUCAGUUCUUGCUGAUGUUAUUUCAUGUCGAUUUGUUUUUGUACAUGUAUGUCGACGUUGUAUUUCAUCCUAUCUUUGUGUGUUGACGCUGUGAUAUAGUUUGUACUUGAGUGUAGACGCUGUAGUAUAGUUUAUCCUUGUGUUGACGUAAUGGUGUAAUGAUAGAGAAAUCUUAACCCAAUAUUUUUGAAAUACAACACGAGGCGACGGUUGAGAUUUCUCUGUCUACAUCUGACCGGAGUAAUUGAUUCCUUUUCUCGUGCUGCUACGGUGAACUCGAUGCACCGCGCCAUUUUCAAGAGUGCAUGGAAUUAUGUGAUAAAAUUGGUGACGUUACGCUACAUAAAUAGAUGACGUGAUGGUGACGUAUUCAGCAUAAAAACGCGUGUGAGCUGUCUUUGCCUAGGUAGAUAAAGCUUUGCCUAGGUAUAUAAAGAAAAGCCUAUUUUCCCUCGCAAAAACCAACAAUUAACGUGUGCAUGGUGGGAGAAAAGUGUUUUUUAGGACCCUAAUUUAAAAGUAAAAUUCCUGGUAUGACAUUUUAAACACUUGAACUUACAUAUAAAUGUAUUAUUUCAAUAUUCUCAAAUCGUGUCAUGUUCCAUAUAUAGAGGGUCCCAACUCGUGAUGGUUGGUUAUCAUGUUCAUCUAACUCGAGUUAGUUAAUCUUCAAAUUGUACAAUUUGAAAAUUAACUUACGAAAGUUAGAUAGAUGUGAUAACUAAUCAUCACGAGUUUGGGGACCUGUUUCUCCUCAUAACGUUCGUAUUUUAUCUGAAAACCCACAUUUUCCCAUUGGAAAAUACAUCAUGUGUGUUUCCGAUGGGGGAAACAAUUGUCAUGGAGCAUGACGUCACAAUGGCAAAUGACGUCGAAAAGCAUUGUUACGUGACAUCAUAAAUCAAAGAUUGACCAAUGAAAUCACGUCCAGGGUGUUACCCACUAGUGGGUAGUCAAAAAUGGUUACGUACUCCUAACAGGUCUAUCCAAUGAGUUCUGAGUGAGGAAACCUACAGUGGUUGUGGGAGAAAAACGUAUAUGACGUCACUUUGUUGGUAUUCAUUAUUGACAGAUACAGGUAAACAAAUGGUCGGACUGCCUGUACUUUAUAAUAUCUACAUCGUGUAUAGUAUACAAACGCGUUGAUGUAUGUUUUGUUUUAAUUAGACUACGGCGGCUGCUUUGUGUCACCAUAGGACGUCAAUAAUUCGGUGUUUUAAAUGUUUUAAAGCCUAUACAAUUUUAUAAAUGGAGUCUUACAAGAUUAGAUUUGAAGAUGUUGGUGCUAUUUUAAGAACAUGAUUUACUUUGUGGUUGAAUUAUACUCGUAUUAAAUAUAAGUUCUUGUGUGCAAUGUUUAUAAAUAAACAUGUAAUAUU